AUGACUCCACAACAAUUGGAGGUAGAUCAGUCAGAAGGAGUUAGACGUAAAGAUCCUAUAAGAAAACCUAUGCAACGACGAACAGUUGACUAUGGAAGUGGAAUAACAAGAUGGUUCCAAGAAAGGACAAGAAUGACAUCAUUUAAAGAUGCUAGAUAUAUGUUUCCAAAGCAAAAUUUUAUUGUUGAUUUAUUACCACCAUUUGCUUAUAAAUAUAAUCCAUCACUAAAUCUUCCUAUCAAAUAUAUCCAUUCAUCCUCAAACAAAGUUAAGCAUCCAGUAAAUGUUGUAAAAUGGACACCAGAUGGAAGAAGAUUAUUAACAGGCUCAAGUAGUGGAGAAUUCACCUUAUGGAAUGGGUUGACAUUUAAUUUUGAAACAAUUUUACAAGCUCACGAUCAUGCUAUAAGAUCCUGUGAAUGGUCGAAUUCAGGGGACUUUUUUUUGUCAUCAGAUCAAUCAGGUAUUGUUAAAUAUUGGCAACCUAACAUGAACAAUGUAAAAGUUUUAAAUGCACAUUCAGAAGCAGUUAGGGACAUUUCGUUUUCUCCUACGGAUAAUAAAUUUGCUACAGCGUCUGAUGACGGCUGUAUUAAAAUAUGGAAUUUUACCGAAGCUCAUGAAGAGCAAAAACUAACAGGCCAUGGAUGGGACGUAAGAACUAUUGACUGGCAUCCUUCAAAAGGAUUGUUAGUAUCUGGUUCAAAAGAUAAUCUUGUUAAGUUAUGGGAUCCCAGAUCAGGAAAAUGUCUUACGACAUUACAUGGCCAUAAAAAUACUGUAUAUCAAGCAACAUUUCAGCCAACUCAUGGAGAUCUCUUGGCUACAUGUUCUCGAGAUAGUAUUACUCGUAUAUUUGACAUUAGAACUAUGAAAGAUUUAAGAAUAUUACGUGGACAUGAAAAAGAUGUAACAUCUCUAGCUUGGAAUCCUAUAAUCCCAUCUAUUUUAAGUACUGGUGGCGCAAAUGGUGUUAUAAACCAUUAUAUUAUUGAUGAGUUUUGUUUAUCUGAAAACUCACAAACUAAAGCAAGCAUUUCAUUUUCUACACCUUCAUUAUUAUGUAACCCAACUGUUUCUAUACCUUAUGCUCAUGAAUCAUCUAUUUGGUCUAUGCAAUAUCAUCCUCUUGGCCACAUUUUGGCUACUGGUUCAAAUGAUAGAUAUACACGUUUUUGGGCUAGAGCACGUCCUGGAGAUCCUAUUGCUUUUAAAGACAAAUAUUAUAUUGGUGAAGAAGCAGCAGAAGCUUUAGGAAUUAUUGAAAAAAUGCCGAAAAAAAUUCAAGAAGAAGAGGAAGAAGAAGAAGCGGAUAUUUUAACAGAACAAAACGAAUCUCAUCUUUUUCAACAGCAUACUAAUUCUACAGAACAAUCACCUAAAUCACAAAACUUUAUACUUCCUGGUUUACAGGCACUAUCUACUCUCAAAAAUCAAAAUGACUUUUCAACAAUAUCAUCAUAUUCUCAUUUUAUCCCACCAGGUCUUGCAUCUAUGUCAUCAGAAAAAAAUAUGCAAAAUUUACUAAGAAUAUCAGCAAAUUCAAAUAUUAUUCCAGGAAUGGGAAACACAUCUAUCAAAAACCCAUGA